AAUCGCCAUACCGGCUUUUUUAAAAAGCUGUCUCAUGAAAAUAAUCCCAGGGAAGAAAAUGGUUUUCCUGGUCACUUUUCUCGUUUUAAUUUGUGCCAUUGUCCCAUUUGAGUUCUGGAAAUCUAUAAAUGGGUUAUUUGAGUCAUCAACGAUAUACCAUUUAGUCUUUCGACACCGUGGUGUUAGUAGAGCUGGACACAACUUUUUCUUCAAAAGUGAUCCUAAAUACCAAGAUUCUAGUGGAGAAUAUUUAUACCGACGUUUGGUUAACGAUAUUAUUUAUACCCAUCGUAAAGCUAGAUCAAAUUCUAAUUUGCCACCGUUAAUGCGCAGGCGUAUUAUUCCUUCAAAAAGUGAAAGGGUGGAAGCCAUUCAUUCGUUGCAAGCAGCUUCAGUGCAUCAAACUUCUGGUCAGUUUUUAAAAGCCAAGAAACUGUUGGAACAUGCGUUUAGACUUGACCCAGACAACAUUGAUGUUUUAAUCGCCCUGGGUGAGGCUAUAGAAGGCUCUUAUUAUCAUGAAAAACAUGUUACACGCGUAGCUUUGCCGCCAACGAAGUCCAUAAUUCCCAUCUAUGGUCACGCGGGACAUGAUGACGCGGAAGCGCUAAUUCUGGCUGCUGAACAUCUUUAUACUAAAGCUCUAAUUGUUGACCCGAGUGUUUCCAAAGCAUGUUUUCAUCGGGAACGCCUUAUGCCUAUUGUCGAAGAAAUAGAUCAGCGUCUUCUGAAUGCAAUCGACUUCAAAGUUCGUCAAUUUUACCAUAUACCAGAAGGGGAUCCAGGAUUACGUCGAGCUAAGGUUGAACAUUACUUUAAGCAUGUCUAUCACUCAAAUGCUAUUGAAGGGAAUACACUGACACUUGCUCAGACUCGAUCGAUUUUGGAAACACGAUUAGCUGUUGGGGGAAAAAGUCUUUUGGAGCAAAAUGAGGUACUAGGUAUGGAUUUAGCUCUAAAAUAUAUCAAUAACACUCUUUUGCAUGGAGAAAUGAGUGCAAUAACAUUGGAUAACAUAUUGGAAUUACAUCGUCGGCUCUUAUCAUUUGUCGAUUUAAGGGAAGCUGGAAGACUACGACGUUCUCAGGUCUUUAUAGCAGACCAUCAACCACCGGCACCUUCAAGUGUACAUGAUCUCAUGUCAGAAUUGGUUAGUUGGUUAAAUUCCGAUGAGAUAAUCGAUAUGCAUCCAAUUGAAUUAGCUGCGCUAACACACUGGAAGUUGGUAUUUAUUCAUCCUUUUUACGACGGGAAUGGGCGUACUGCUCGACUUCUUAUGAAUUUAAUUUUGAUGCGCUCUGGCUUACCACCAGCUAUUAUUAAGAUAGAAGAUCGCGUUGUCUAUUAUGAGUUAUUGAAAACUGCGAAUGAUGGAGAUGUACGUCCCUUUAUUCGCUUUAUAGCAAAAUGUACAGAACGAACACUUGAUGAGUAUUUAGAUGCAGCUUUAGGUGUUCGAAGGAAAUCAGAACAGGUUACUCGUAUUCAAGUUGAAAAUUCGUCUAGUGAUGAUGUAAUUAACGAGGAGUCAGCUACGACACCUGUGGUCCGCAAAUCAAAUUUUAUGAGUUCAUCAUCAUCAUCAUCCUAUGAUGUUCAACAACAACAGCAAGGAGGAAUCCGUCCAUUUCCAUUAAAAAUUGCAUAUUUUGCGGAUCCUGGGGAUACAUCAAUAUCAAUGGCUUUACCACCUGAUGUCAUUUAUGUGGGUGGUUGAAAUACUCAUUGUCUGUCUAUUUGACAUAUUAUCAAUAAUGUUAUUGUACAUGAAUAUGAUAUGCAAUUGAAUUGAGCUCUGCCUUUCAACUUAACUUAUUUCAGCUCUUUAUACAAAAGAAAAUAUUUUGAUGAUUUGAUAUGUAUACUUGUUGAUUAUUUAUUUAAUUAUCUAAGAGUACUUUGUUUUCUUAUGAUUUUCUUAUUUUUUGUUUCUAUUCUCAUCUUACUCCUGUGUUAUACUGUUAUUAUUAUUUAUUUUUUUAUCUACACUUUGUGUUGAGUAACACAGAGAAAACAAAUAUAUUGACUUUUGAUUAUCACAUUGUCUAUAAAGUCAUAUUUGACAAUAAAGAAGAUAGAUAACUAU